UUGAAAGGGGGAUUAGGUUAAUGAAUUAGAACAAAUUGGGAUUAGGGUUAUGGUUCGCUGUUGGGAGAAAUUUUGGGGAAGGAUCACUGUUGGGGACGAAAUUUGAUUGAAAGGCAUUCGUAUUGCUGUUGGUGACAAAAUUUGUGUGCAUUGGAAUUUCUUUUUCAAUUGUAGAAGAUAUAUGUGCGAGAAGAUAGUUGUGCGACAAGAUUGGUGGUGUGAGGUGUUCGUAUCGUCAAACAAGUUAACUCUUAGCUUUUCUGGUUAUGUAUUUUAAUUAGUGUUUUUGCUUCGUUUUGUUUGUGCAUGAGGAUUGAUUAUAUUUGAGUUGUCGUUUUCAAAUAGAAUAAAAGGUUCUUGUCCCCUAAUUUAAAAUUCUUUGUUUGUCAAUUUUCGGUGGUGGGGUGUUUGUGUCAACCAACCUUUAAUACAAUUUUAAUUGUGUAAGUGGUACCCCAUUUAAACAUUGUUAAUAUUUUUUAAGCUUUGUGUGUGUUUCAAUCUUUGGAUGUCUGACCACGGUGGAUACUUUGCCACCGAUGAAUAUUUUUAUAUUGCUUCUUGUGAAAAUGUCUGAUUUGUAGGUUAUUGGGUUUUCCUCUGCGCCAUAGACGAAAGUAUCUGAAGGAUUUAUUCUAUGAUGAGAAACCUGGGUAUUUUGAAUAUGCAAAGGAAAUUACUAUUGAAGCAGAUGAUGCUUGCUUAGCUUGUGAAGCCACAUUAACCAAGGUAAAUGCUUUCCUGGAAGAGGCAAUCCAGUCUUCUUGCGAAGGAAUUAUGAUGAAAACAUUUGAUGUUGAGGCUGGCUAUUUUCCAUCAAAGCGUUCAGACAAAUGGUUAAAUGUCAAGCGAGAUUAUGUGGAAGGAUUAAAUGAUACUCUUGAUUUAGUACCGAUUGGUGCUUGGCGAGGAAAUGGAAGGAAAGCUGGAUGGUAUAGUCCAUUUCUUGUGGCGUGUUUCAAUCCUGAAACAGAGGAGUAUCAAAGCGUAUGUCGUGUGAUGUCUGGUUUUUCAGAUUCAUUUUAUAUAGAGGUCAGGAACUUAAGGAUAGGGGCCAUGCUUAGAACUGUUUUGCCUGCAUGGGCUCAUGCUGUUGCUAUGAAUUCUAGCCCUACUUUUCACCAAGGAAGAACUGCAGAAAAUUUGAAGGAGAAACUUCAGGUUCUUUCUAUGGAAGUUGUUGAAGCAUAUAACAUACUGCCAAAUCUGGAUCUAAUAGUUCCAUCUCUCAUGAACAAAGGCAUUGAUUUUUUGGUUUCAAGUUUAUCAAUGGUUCCAGGCAUCCCUAUUAAGCCUAUGCUAGCAAAGAUCACCAAUGGUAUUCCUCAAGCACUGAAGCUAUUUGAAAAUAAAGCAUUUACAUGUGAAUAUAAGUAUGAUGGUCAGCGGGCUCAAAUUCAUAAAUUAGUUGAUGGAUCAAUUUGUGUUUUUUCAAGAAAUGGGGAUGAAACAACUUCAAGAUUUCCUGAUCUGAUUGACAUAAUCAAGGAAUCCAGCAAGCCUGUUGCAUCAACUUUCGUAAUGGAUGCGGAAGUUGUUGGUAUUGACAGGAAAAAUGGAUGCAGGAUUAUGUCUUUCCAGGAGCUAUCAUCACGUGGGAGAGGUGGAAAAGAUGCAUUAGUUACUGCAGAGAGCAUCAAGGUGGAUAUAUGCAUCUUUGUUUUUGAUAUCAUGUUCGCAAAUGGAGAGCAGUAAUUAUCUUUUACUCAAGCUUAAUAUAUUUGGUGAUGAGCUUAGAAAAUGUGUCUCAUGAAUACUUUAGCCUUAUUUGGUUCACUGUAUUACGUGCUUAACCCCUAUCCCGAGGUUAAGUCAAGGGAUACGUUCUGAGCCACAACUCAAGGAACACCAGCAAGCUGACCUUUAAGAUAUCCUAGAAGCCAUGUAGAUCACGCACAUCAUAGCAAGCAUAAUACCAAUCUGCUGCAGCAAAACCGCUUGGCGCUACUCAUGAGGCGCCAAGCGUUGCCUACCUCCAGACCGCCGGGUAGGAGACACAUACCGCCAGGCACAUAGUGCCUAUAAACACACCACUGUUGCAGUCAUCGCCUGGCGGGACUUCCCUCGUCGCCAGGCGCAUGCGUACCAGUAGCCCUCUAAACCCACAACUAUCAUUUGAUGACUCUAAGCCACCGCCAGGCGAUGCACCAGUACUGCGAGACAUACUAUUUUUCCACUACAUUCGAUUUUACCAAGUAAUCCUAGUUCCCUAAUGCAUCACCCAGUGCGCAAGCCCACAAGAUUAAUUCAACCCCAUUGAGACUUGUCCUUAACUCUCUACAGAUUUAAAUCUUUAAGUAUUCACUCUAAAACUUUCUUUCUAUGUUUAUAUGCAUUAGACUACAACCAUGAAACGCAUCACUUAUAUGUACUGAGACUUACCUCUCUUGUACUUCAGACAUAGUACCCAAUACAUAGAUCAACCCACACAAAUUACUUCAACCUUUAGACCAAUUCCACCAUUAGUUAUUUCCAUGUCCCAUUAAUUAGGCCCCCUCUCCAAUAAUCCAAAGUACUACUACUUUAUUUUUCAUACAAUUCCUAUUAGUCUUACCUUGACACCACAAUUAAACAACUCAUGUUCUCUGCCCAUAAUUUCAGCUCCUCCAAGUCAACUCAAGUAUACAAUAUUCACUCAAUUCUAAGUUUUAAGUCAACUCCUUAGUUAAUACAUUAUUUUUCUUCCAUUAAUCAUUCAAAACAUUCUAAAAUCCAUCCUUCCAAUUCCAUUUAGGAUUGCAACAGAACCCAACCCCAGUGCCUUCCAUCACAGCCACGCAGUAAAGGACCUGCUAAGUUGGCGCUUAGCGAGAAAUUCCAGAAUUUCGAGCACCUUCAAGCCUCUUCUGACAAUUCUCAAACCCAAUUCUCUGUCUAUCUUCGUAGUUCACACGUGAAUAUGGUAACAAAGGUUCAAUUAUUCAACUCUUCAAGUAAAACCAUAUAAUCACAAUUUCGUUCUUAUUACACUAUAGAAAUCAAUUCAAUGAAUCAUUCCCCAAACCCUAACCAUGUUACCGUAAUUGAAUGCUUCCCAUUCAAUCCCCAAGAUUCAUACCCAUAGGUAAACAUUCGUAAUAUAACACUUCUCAUAAUUUCACAUUUUACACAUGAACGUUUCUAGAGAACCCAAUCAAUCACCGAAUUCAUAUAUAUAUACUCAACAAUCACACAUCUCUCUCUCUCUCUCUCUCUCUCUCUCUCUAUAUAUAUAUAUAUAUAUAUAUAUAUAUAUAUAUACAUUCACCAAUCAAGGCCAUACCAGCACUUAAGCACACUUAAUCAUCCAUUAAUAGUCAUACCAUUAGGGAAUUAAAACAACCAAUCAUGAGUGAUGUAUAUUUCUAGCUGCAGACAUCCAAUGCAAAUCUCCACCGUUCAAAGUGAAUAACAAUAUGUUAUGAAUCGCUUGUCAAAAUGUCACCUGAAUCGGACGGUUAACGAAUAAGAAAACACAGUUUUACGAAAACUGCGCAAACUAGAAAAAUUUGUGGCGCCUAGCACCCAGAAUUCAAGAGCUUGGCGCCUGGUGGUUCCUGCUGUGCGAAAAGUACGAAAAGUAGCAUUUUUUUGCACAGUGUUUGCAUCAUCUAGUAGAGUCACCCUUGCCGCCAGACAGUUCAUCAUAGAAAAACCCAGAAUUGGGUUAUCACUCAUGCAUCGCCUGGCGGCACAUUCAAAGCCUCUAGGCGGUUUCUGGGAAUUUUAGAACAAACUCGAAAACACCACGAUUUGGAAUUAUGCAGGGCAUCAUGAUCAUACAUUACAAUACAAAACAAUCAUAAAGCAUGUAUAUACGUGAAGGAACUCCCCUAACCUGGUUUCCUUAGCUUAUUUUGGAAUUGUUGAGUUCCUCCUUGAUCACCAAUGAUCUUCCUUUGACUCUAUCUCAAUGCAGCUCCUUUCCUCACUCAAUCCUCACCCAACUCUCAAUUUUCAUACUCCUCUCCCUAUACAAUAAUAGAAAAUGCAGAAAACCUCUCCUCUCACAUAAUUAAGUACUCUCAACCAUUUGAGCUAGUACUUUUCUACGUCACAUCAAUCAACAUUAAAAUCCAUAAAGGCUCUCACUACCCGCAUUUAUUAAUUAAAUAUUUAUUUAAUUAAUUAAAUUUCACGGGUCUUACAAUACCAUCUCCUUGUCUAAAUGUUGUUGAUAAACACAAUUAACUUUGUAAGCUUACUAAAUCCUGAUAUGUAUUAAAGCAUGCAAGUAGGCAAUGGUUUGCUAAAUUUUCUUCCUCUCUUAUUUCUAUUGGUUUUAUUCAAUCUAAAUUUGAUCACUCUUUAUUUAUAAAUAAAUCAUCUACUACUUUUACAACUUUACUUGUGUAUGUAGAUUACAUCAUCUUAAAAGGAGUUUCAUUAGUAAAAAUUGAAAAAAAUAAAGUGUUUUCUGGAUAACUAUUUUAAGAUUAAAUAUCUUGAAGAACUCAAGUAUUUUCUUGGUCUUGAAGUGGGUAUUUAUCUAU